AUCCUCCAAAUCUGAAAAGCUCACUUGUGGUUCCAAUGCCAUCCAGGCUCCAGCAAUUCCCAUUCCCCUUGAACAUUCCAUGUCCGAGAGAUACACGCCAUAACUCCAGAUAACUCCAGUCGCAACUCAACUCGCGCUUCAUUCCCGCUGCUCAGACCAUUCAGUCGGAGUUCUUAAACCGGCCGCCAUCUGGUCCAAUUCUUCCAUUUCCGAUCCUCAAAGCCCUUCAUCGUCCUAGCUUUCUUGACCCCAAUACCGCAUCUGCUAGAUUUCACUAGUCCUCGUAUACAAUCUUCUUGUCAGCAGCCCAACUAUAAUAUCCAGCCCCCUCAUCAACCAAACUAAAGAAGAUAAAAUCAAACCAUACUAAAGGACACUUUUCAGUCUGGCCUUCCAAAUCCAACAACUUAUAGCUCCUGUUUCCUCAUCGCUCCCGUCAAUCUGAGUCGCCGAACCAAAGUCGCACAUCGUUGCCCGCUGCAAAGACGCAUACAUAUUACUCCUGAAGCUUCACCCUGGUUACCGUACCCAUCUGGUCUAGCCUAUAUAUACAGCAAUCUGAUUGAAAUCAGCCCAACAGAGUGCAUCCACGCCUUAUAUCGCCAUUCGCCCACAAAAAAACUCCCCUCACGUGAACGAUUAUCGAUCCAUCAUCAUCCCCCUAGCAUCCAGUUAAAGAAGAAGAUGAAUGCCCACCUCUUAGUGAAAGAAUUGGUCCAGCAGAACAAAUUAUUAAAAGAGACGAUCAGUCACUUUCCAAUCCUGACUGCCGGCAAGGAAGACGAAGAUUGCUCGCCCUCGUUCUCGGGGUUUGGAAGGGAUGAUAGCCACUCAGAGACCGACUCGGCGGAUUCGUCACUCUCCCCGACCAGCUCGUCGGCCUCUGAUCACUCCGCGGCAAUCGAGGUUCUCCUGGAUCUCUUGGAUCGCCAGGAAUCUAGGCUCGACCUUCUCGAGCAGCUCGGGAAAUCCGUCUUGCUCGAGUCCAGCAAUAACAGCAUCCCCAUCUUCCGUGGCCUGCGCGCAACUUCCUCCCAUUCAAGCCCCCCAUCGCCCACAACAUCAGCAACCUCAUCGUCCUCAUCCGCUUCAGUCGCGCCGAGAAACAUCGAAGUCGACUCGGAGAUUGACGUCAAAGAGUGGACCAAGCUGGUGCUCAACCAUCUCAAUUGUCUCAAGUCCUUGAACUCCUCCGCCGCUACCAACUCCAAAGAAGUCGUCAGGUUCAUCUACAACAAGCUCGACCUCGAGCCCCUCGAGUUCCUCAAGACCCUCCUCCACCGCAAUCGCAUCCUCGUCCUCAAACAAUUCCCCGCUCAAGUCCCCGCAAAGUUUCGCUUCAAUAAAGACCUCAAUGAGCCCGCUAUCAUCCCCGACGACGACCUCCUGUUCGAAUUCCCCUUCAAGUUAUAUCUCUUGCGUUACCCUAACGCGUUGUUAAAUCUCCUCAACUCCAAGUUCAGCUCGCAAAAAUAAAGCAUCACUCAACCCUUGACACCUCCUCCACACCAACAACAAAGCAUAAAAACACUCUCCGAUGUCUCCAGAAUACCUCGUCGAUCCUUUUCUCUUCUCUUGCUCACUGAGCACAAAAACAAAACCCCCUCUUCUUGAAGAUUUGACACUUUUUUUUCUAUCAAUUAUAAAUAUUUUUAUCAUGUUUCUAAACAGGUCGAGAGUCGAAUGUAUAUAUAUCGUAUCAGUGUAGUUUUACUUAUCAUGAGCAUCGCCCAGUAAAUAAUUUAUUAAUAGUCUCAGUAAACCUGAAAAGCGCCUUCUUAUUCUUGUGCUUGAUUUCUGCUUCCUUUUU